AUGAGCGAUUAUAAACCUAAAAGCAAACCAGAUAUCUCGUUUAAUGAUACACCUCAGACAAUAUCAAACUCUCCUAUGGGAAGAGGAUUUUCAAGUGCUUCAUCAGCAGAUUCAGUUUUUGAUGAUAUUUCCUCCAAAGCACAUGCUUUAUUUUCGAUACUCGAUGAAGAUCACAAAGGCUAUCUUGAUAAUCAAAUGUUAUUAAAAGUUUGUGAUUCUGGUCUGACAGAAUCUCAAAUAAAUGAUUUAAUUUUACAACUUGAUCAUGACGGUGAUGGAAAAGUUAGUGCAAAUGAUUUUAUGCUGGGUUUACGUACAUUAGCAAAGCGUAAUAGUUUAAUUCGUGCUUCAUUACGAGCCACUACAGUAACAAAUUCUACUCGUCAUUUGAUUAAACAAUGUUCAGACUCCUCGGAUUCACCUAAAAGUCGUUUAGAAUCUGAUGAAACUGGUUCAGAUAUUGAUGAUAAAAUGUAUAACAGGGAUCACACAAAAUCAAGCUUCAAUAGUAUUCAGUCAAUAAGAAUCAGAACCAAAAGUAGACAAAGACUUCACCGACGACUACUGACAACAUUAUCUUCUCAACAGAGCCACUUCAAAGCAACAAGCCAUUCAUCCUCCAUACCAUUUGAUACUUCUUCGGUUGAUGAAUAUUUAAAAUGUUUAGAUUGCCAAGAACAUCUUUACGAACUAUAUCAUAUACUACUAUCAGAAAAUCCAAGUUUAUCAAGAAUGUAUGAGACUAUACUCGUUGAUGUUGUUCGAUACAUUCAAAAAACUCGUGAGGUUCAAUUACGGUUAGAGAAACAAAUUGAAAGUGAACGUGUUAAACACAGUGAAGCAAUAUUUCGUCUUUCUGAGGAGUUAGACAAUCAAGUUAGGCUAGCUGAAGAAGCAGCUCGAAUGAAAGAAAGGGAAUCAGCAAUGAAGAAAUUUGCAGCUGAACUUGAAACGAAAUCAUUACAAAUCAAACAACUGAAGUCAAAAAUAAAACAUCAUGAAGAGCAAGAAAUUCACCAAAAAGAAGCUCAAAAUCAGACAAUAAUACUAAAAACCAAUGAACAAGGUGACUCACGCGUAAUCAAAUUACAAGCAAAAAUCUUGAAAAUGAAUCAAGAAAAUUAUAACUUAGAAGAAGAUCUCGACAAUAUGCGAUUGCAGUUGGCCGAAUCACGAUCAGAAUUCAAUGCAGUCCGUCAGAGUUUAAGUGAUAAAAGUCAUGAGUUAGAACACCAAAUGUCUGCUCUAAUUGAAACUGUCAAAGAAAAUUCUACACUGAAACGUCAAAUCGGAAUAUUGCAAGAUAUCAAUAAAAAGUUAUACGAUGCUAAUGAUGGUCUGUUCAAUAUGUUUGAGAGUUAUCCGGAGUGGUUGCGUAAACAAUGGAAAGUUGAAGAUAUUAAACCAGCUUCUGCAAUAGUUGAUCAGAAAUUCAGACGAACUUCUGUAGAACUCAAACCAAUCAAGACAGUUGCCAAGUCAUUUGAUGCAUGUGAUUGUGAUGCAAGCAUUUCUACAUGUAGCUCCUAUAGCAAAUCAAAAUCGGAAAAAUUGGAGUGCAUUACACCAAAACUGCAUGAAAGCGGAGAUAGUGGAUUAUCUAGUCAGGCAGAUGUUAAAGAAAACGAAUCUGAUAGUGAGAUGAAAUUACUCGUAGACAAGCAACAAAAAUCAUGGGAGGAAUCCAAAAUUCAUGCAAAGUAUGGUGCUCGGUCCGAAUUACAGAACAAGAUGAGUCCAACAACCCCCGUUAGCUCGAACAAUUCCAGUCGCCGAUCAUUAGUUUCGCAUACAUCUAAUCAUCAAAAUUCUCAUUAUAAAAGUGGGACAAUGAAAAAGCAAUAUAAAAAGACUUUAUCUAACAAAGAUGGCUAUCAUCUAAAAGAUCAAAUGAAUGAAAAAUUAAGAAUUUUUCGUGUGAUGUUGGCUGGUGACUCGGAAGUUGGAAAAACUAGUUUACUGAUACGUAUGUGUGAUAAUAUAUUUACAAGCAGUUCAGUUACGACGAUAGGUAUCGAUAUGAAAAUGAGGUCUGUUGAAGUCGAUGGAAGAAAAGCCAUGAUGCAGAUAUGGGACACCGCUGGACAAGAAAGAUUUCGUAGUGUAUCCGCAAAUUUCUAUAGGAAAGCUGAUGGCAUUCUUUUGGUGUAUGACUGCACUUCGGAAUUUUCCUUCAUGAAUACAAGAGAUUGGAUAACAAUAAUAGAAGAGAACACUGGUAAACACAUACCAAUCGCUAUUAUUGGUAAUAAGAAAGAUUUAAAGGAGCAGAAAGAAUGGCAAGGAAACAAAUGUGUUAGUUAUGCGACAGGUAAUAAACUAGCAAGAGAGAUUGGAGCACUAUUCUUCGAAACGAGUGCUUUAACCGGAGAAAAUGUAAAUGAGUGCGUAGAGGCACUAGCCAGGCUACUGUGUGCUCAAGAAGACUACAACUUGCGCUGCCCCCAGCUUAAACUGUCAAACGAUAAUCCAAGGUCAACAAACAGUAAAUGCUGUGCACGAUAAAAAUACAACCUAUUUACACCCUUGUCUAUUCGAAGAUGAGGAGUCAGAUAACCUUUAUUUAUUUCAAAACUGACAAAAAAAGAUUGUUUCAUCUUCUAGAAAACGAAACAAUUUCUAUUUAG